AUGACUGAAAGAAGUGCAAGCAAGUCGAAGACUAAAGUGGCUUUGCAAGCUCAGUCGACUAAGAAAGACAAAGGAAGAUGGAAUGGUAACAAGGGCAUAGGAAGUUACAAUAAUUUAACUAGUAGAGGAAACCAUCAAGAAGGUAGUUCAUCAAACCGGAGACAAUCUUCUAAUCAAGGAAAUCACAGAGAUGGUGGUGCAGUUAGAGGAAGAGGCGAUGGAAGGAAACCUGAUAAAAGUCAUAUUCAAUGCUACAAUUAUCAAAAGUAUGGCCAUUAUGCAAGUCAACGUCGAGGAAGCAAGAAAGAUCAAGAAAGUGAUGCAAAGCUUGCAGAAGACGAAGUGAUGCUAAUGGUCACAACAAAAGAGGAAGAAAGAUUAAAAGAUCAAUGGUAUCUCAACUCAGGUUGUUCGCCACACAUGUCUGGAAGAAAAGAUUGGUUUAUCAACAUCAGUCCCUCUUGGAAGAAAAAGGUAAAAUUUGCAAAUGACAAUACCCUGUCUGCUGAAGGUAUUUGUGAUGUUCUGGUAAGGAGAAAGUAUGGUAAACAAUCAAUGAUUUCCAAUGUGUUGUACAUACCUAGCAUGAAAAUCAAUAUGCUAAGUAAAGGUCAACUGGUCGAGAGGAAUUACAAAGUACUUAACGAAGAUAGAAUGAUGAGAGUGAUCGCCUUGAGAAAAAGGUUAAUAUUGAAGGCUCUUAUAUCUCAUAAUAGAACCUUCAGGAUUGAACUUGAUGUGUUGGAACGCAAGUGCCUAGCGACUACAGCUAGCAGAGAUGAACGGUUAUGGCAUUACAUACUUGGUCAUUUGAGUUUCAAUGACAUUAGUAAUCUGAAGAGGAAGAACAUGGUUUAA